AUUUUUGAACUGACUGCCAGCGUGGGACCCUUUGAUUGACAGGAACAUGUUGCAUGUUCUCCAGGAUCAGGUCUUCUAGGUGAAUGCCCAUUUCACAGUCUCUGUCUACAACAUUCGGAUUGUGUUCUUCUCCUUUGGAACUCUUCAUUCCAGAUUGAUGUUAGAAAAGAUAUGAUAUUUUCUAUUGCCAUUUGACACCAUUCAAAUUCACUAUUCCAGCCUCUGUCAAGAACACAAUAUAAGUAUGGAAAGGAAUUCCUCAGACCAACAUGGUAUCUUACUUCAUCCAGUGGCAGUGUGAUGUAAUUUUAUACGCAGCUGAUUACCUGUUCCAGAAUUGCUUGCUGCUACACAGUAACACAGGCUACAGCCAGUUCUAGCAGGACAAUCGGGAUGGAAGAUAUGCACAGGCUGAGGGACAGAACAAGAUGGAGCAGAAGAGAACCUGGGCAGAAUGGGCUCAAGACUUUAAACAUUAUUUAUGGAACCCAGAAAAAAAGGAAGUAUUAGGAAGAAAUGCAAAAAGCUGGUGUCUUAUUUUGCUUUUUUACCUUUCACUGUAUGCAUUUCUAGCUGGGAUGUUUGUCUUAUGUAUGUAUGGAUUGCUUGCAACAAUAAGCCCAUACGUACCUACAUACAGAGAGAGAGUUUUCCCACCAGGUUUAGCAAUCAGACCACAUGUAUCUGGUUUGCAUUACUCCUUUAGUGCUUCAGAAAAAAAAACAUGGUUGGAAUAUUCAGAAAGUCUACACAAGUUUAUGGAAGCCUAUGAUGAUGAAAAGCAAAUAGCCAACAAUGUGGGUUGUACACAAGGACAGUAUUUUAUCCAGGAAGGAGAGGAACAUGAGGAAAGGAAGGCUUGUCAGUUCCGCCGCUCAAUGUUACGGAACUGCUCUGGUAUAGAAGACCCAUCAUUUGGCUUUUCCCAAGGGAAGCCAUGUAUCAUACUGAAGAUGAAUCGGAUUGUUGGUUUCAAGGCCGGCUCUGGAACACCAAUAACUGUCACCUGUGACACUUAUAGAGGCAAUCACAGUCUCACAGGAGAAGUUGGCUUCUACCCAGUGAAUUACUUUGAUCUUAUGUAUUUUCCAUACUAUGGCAAGCUUACCCAUGUAAAUUAUACAUCACCUCUAGUCGCCAUCCAUUUCACAGACUUGGCAAAGAAUACUGACGUCACCAUACAAUGCAAAAUACAUGGAAAAGACAUUAUUAAUGAUCAUAAAACUGACCGUUUUCUGGGCAGAAUAGUGUUCACAAUGAAUAUCCGAUGAUCUUUGUCCAACUGAUAUCUCUUUCCAGCAACUUCAGUAAUGAUCUUGGCAGCCAGAUCAGUCUCUACACAUAUUUAAAGUAAACAUCGACAAUAUACCUGCUUGUCAAUCCUCUAGAUUCACAGGUUGUUUGUUAGAAGCCUUGUGGUGGUGCAGGGGUCACAAAUCCUAGUCCUAAACAUAAGUUGUGUCUUAACCUAAGUACUGACCUAAACAGCAACACAUGGCCUUGAUGAUGUCAUACCCAUAUACAGCACACAAUAAAUUUACAUUUACUUGUCACAAAAAAAAGUAACAGCUCAAGAUAAUUUCGUUGUUUUUACCUACAUGGAUUAUGACAGGCAGAAUGUUUAAAACAAUACUAGAGCUGAACAGAGAUUACAUCGAAUGAUAGUAGAAUCAAAUAUUUUUACCUGCCAUUUCUGUGCAUCAUACACUUCAAAAUGAUGAAGUGCUCCAAACCAGUGGUCAAAAUCAACAGGCAACAUGUACUUUGAAUUUUUGGUAGCUCACUUGUUUAUUUAGCUUCCAUAAAGUGUAUUGUCUUAAUACAGCCACCCAACUUUCUCUCUGUUAAAGUGUUACAGUGUGUUAUAGUAAGUAUAACAAGAUAAGAGCCAGGUGAUUGACAGGUGUGGGGAGCUGGGUAUAUACUAAUAGAUUGAGCACUAAUAAAUAAAAGUGUUUUUCCAACCAUAGGGCUAACCAAUAGCAAAUAAUGACUUUUUUUUUAAAGGUGAGGCCAGUUAAAGUUCAACUUGUCUAUUUUUUUCCUCCAUUUUAAACCAUACAGGGAAAGGCUAGAAUAUCCGUUGAAUUUUACCUGCUCCCUGUGGCCCUUUAGGAGGAUUUGCUUUACUUCUUUUUCUAUUCAAAACCAAUCAACAAAAAAUGUAGAGGGGUUCUACGCCUUCCCUAUUUGCUUAAUUAAUAGUUGUAAUACUGUCUGUGUUCCUGUCUCUUGUGACAUCCUUCAAAUAGACAAAAAGUGAGGGAAAAUCUCCCUAAUAAAGACACAGGCAGCUAUAAAAACACAAGAGAUGCUUUGAUUUUGAUUUAGUGUAUUAAAAUAAAAAAAAAACAGUCAGGUCUUAUGUUGAAAUUUAAUGCACCAACAGUGGUGCACUUAGAAAACAGAUACAAAAAAAGUCAAAAUAAAGUUGAAUUUCCAGUUAACAUUAA